AUGAAAUUUCAGCGUUCUGCUGCAUUAAACUGUUACAUUGCAAACCAGCGGAAAUUAGAAAGUAUCAAUGACAAUGAAGUUGGAUUUUAUGUUGGACUUAAAAAUCUAACGGUGGUGGAUUCAGGCUUACGGUUUGUGUCCCGUCAGGCAUUUGUGAAAAAUGUCAACCUACAAUACAUCAACUUAUCCAGAAACAAGCUCUCAAGUUUGUCCAAGAAGCCUUUCCGCCAUCUGGGUUUGUCUGAUCUGAUAUUGGUGGACAAUCCGUUCAAGUGUUCCUGUGAAAUUAUGUGGAUCAAGAAAUUUCAAGAGACCAAGUUCUACACAGAAACUCAGGAUUUAUAUUGCAUAGAUGACAACAACAAGAGGACAGCUUUGCUGGAUAUGAAGGUCCCAAACUGCGACUUGCCCUCUGCAAACUUAAGCAAUUAUAACAUCACUGUUGUGGAAGGAAAGACUGUCACGUUGUAUUGUGAUACUACUGGAGGCCCACCCCCUAAUGUGUCCUGGGUGCUCUCCAAUCUUGUUUCAAACCAUGAGAGUGACACAAGUAAGAAUCCUGCCUCGCUAACCAUAAAAAACGUUUCAUCCAUGGACAGCGGACUGUGGAUUUCUUGCGUAGCGGAGAACAUUGUGGGAGAGGACCAGGCGUCUGCCGAGCUCACGGUGUUCUUUGCACCAAAUAUCACAUUUAUUGAAUCUCCAACCCCUGACCACCACUGGUGCAUUCCAUUCACUGUGAAAGGGAACCCUAAACCCACCUUGCAGUGGUUCUAUGAAGGGGCUAUACUGAAUGAGUCUGAAUACAUCUGUACUAAAAUACAUGUUAUCAAUCAAAGUGAAUACCAUGGCUGCCUUCAGCUGGACAACCCUACCCAUCUGAACAAUGGUGCUUAUACCUUGCUGGCAAAGAACGACUAUGGAGAGGAUGAAAAACGGGUUGAUGCUCAUUUCAUGUCGGUGCCGGGAGAUGGUAGUGGCCCAAUUGUGGAUCCAGACGUUUAUGAGUAUGAAACCACGCCUAAUGAUCUUGGGGAUACCACAAAUAACAGUAAUCAAAUCACUUCCACGGAUGUUUCCAACAAAGAGAAUGAAGAUAGCAUCACUGUUUAUGUUGUGGUGGGAAUUGCAGCACUGGUGUGCACUGGCUUAGUGAUAAUGCUAAUUAUUCUGAAGUUUGGAAGACACUCUAAGUUUGGGAUGAAAGUUCAUGGUGAAGUAAAAGGAGUUGGUCUGGUAGAUCAAAUAUGGCUUUCAUUGCAAGACUGCGAUAAUGAAGAACAAGUAAUGGUGACUGUCAACAGUGAUGUACAUAAUAACUCAACUGCGUCAGAUAACAACAGACUGGGUAAGAUAAUACUGUUCUAG